ACUGGUAGCGGGGCGGGCCGCAGGGCAGCCGGGCAGCCGCAGGUGGAGCCUGGAGCCGUGGCGAAGGAACCGAGUCCAAACACUGAAUCCCCGAAGCCCGGAAUCCCCGAAGCCCUGCGCGGGGACCGGCCAGGAUGCCCCGCGGGGACUCGGAGCAGGUGCGCUACUGCGCGCGCUUCUCCUAUCUCUGGCUCAAGUUCUCGCUCAUCAUCUACUCCACAGUGUUCUGGCUGAUCGGGGCCCUGGUCCUGUCCGUGGGGAUCUAUGCAGAGGUGGAGCGGCAGAAGUACAAGACCCUGGAAAGUGCCUUCCUGGCCCCGGCCAUCAUCCUCAUCCUCCUGGGGGUCGUCAUGUUCAUCGUCUCCUUCAUCGGUGUGCUGGCCUCCCUCCGGGACAACCUGUACCUUCUCCAAGCAUUUAUGUACAUCCUUGGGAUCUGCCUCAUAAUAGAGCUCGCUGGUGGUGUGGUGGCCUUGAUCUUCCGGAACCAGACCAUUGACUUUCUGAACGACAACAUCCGAAGGGGAAUUGAGAACUACUAUGAUGAUCUGGACUUCAAAAACAUCAUGGAUUUUGUUCAGAAGCAGUUCAAGUGCUGUGGCGGCGAAGACUACCGAGACUGGAGCAAGAACCAGUACCACGACUGCAGCGCCCCCGGGCCCCUGGCCUGCGGGGUGCCCUACACCUGCUGCUUCAGAAACACGACAGAUGUCGUCAACACCAUGUGCGGCUACAAAACCAUCGACAAGGAGCGCCUCAGCGUGCAGGACGUCAUCUACGUGCGGGGCUGCACCAACGCUGUGCUCAUCUGGUUCAUGGACAACUACACCAUCAUGGCGGGCCUCCUGCUGGGCAUCCUGCUUCCCCAGUUCCUGGGGGUGCUGCUGACGCUUCUGUACAUCACCCGGGUGGAGGACAUCAUCAUGGAGCAUUCUGUCACCGACGGGCUUCUGGGGCCGGACGCCAGGCUCAGCGUGGACGCAGCGGGCACCGGAUGCUGCUUGUGCUACCCCAAUUAGGGCCGGGGCCUGGGACAGCAGCUCCAGCAGGACCCCCUGACGGCGCCUCUCAGUCCACUGGCGGAGGCGGACAUGUGGAGCGCGCCCGUGGGCCGCCUUCUGCGGCUGCGCACUCUGGGUUCCGCGCCCUCCGCUGCCGGGCCUGGAGAACACGGUGUCCCGCUCCAGGUCUGGGCUGCGAGCGCAAGAGGAACUCAGGGCUCAGCUCGGGGCCCACCUUCUUUCUGGCAGUGCCUUGGCCUGUGGUCAUUAGGCCUUUCGAGGGCAGCUUUGCAGUGAUUGGUCAAUAGGGGGAGACGAGUGGCAGCAGGGCCGGAGGCAGCCCUGCCACACCCCAGAUGCCAGGUCGGGCCAUUGCUCAGCCUCCUAGGUGCCUUCAGUCCCCUGCAAGGGUGUCCGCUUUGCUGACCUAUUUUCUACGUGAUUUUUUGUAACAUUCAUGUUUUGUACAGAGUUAACAGGACUUUCUGACUAUGCAGAGCUGAACAUUUUCCCACUUUUGCUCCAAGUCAGUUCAUUAAUCAAACAAUAAAGAUGUGAUUUUUUUUUUUUUUUU